AUGCAGUCGCUCAAAGGCGCCCUGACUCCAAUAUCCCGACCCGGUACACCCGUAUCACGACUCCACACACCCAACCAUGGCCCAGGUUCGUCCACGCCACCUAUCGCAUCCUCGUCGUCCUCACCCACCACGGGCGCGACGACGUCGAAUGGAGUCGAGGGCAGGAGCUCGAUGAAAGGUGCGACGACGUCCUGGCCAUUGCAUGUGUCGUUCUCGUUGGCGAAUGCACCGGUACCUAAGCUUUGGGUCGCUGAGCAUGGACUGAGGCCCGCUUGUGAGGACGUAUUCGAUGUGCUGGAUCGAGGGGAGAUGUCGUGGAGCGUCGAGGGGGAGGAGGAGACCACGACAGAGGCGGAUCGGGUACAGCAAUCGUCACCAACCACGCCACAAGUGAAUGGGAUGAACGAGGAACCGUUACAUUCCUACGAAGCCAUGUCCGACUCGACCUCGACCUUGUUCCCGCUCGUCAACCUGAGCUCGAUACGCGAUCAGACGACCGAGAUGGGCGAAGAUCUUCCCAGUUGGCUCGUCGAGACAAGUCGGAGAGUCACUGCCAUUGCUUCGACUUAUAUUGAGGUCUUAACUACCAAACCUACGGCCGAUGGUGGCCAGGACCAUUCGCAUCCCGUCAGCUCGCAUUCGAGUCGGAGAAAGGGCAAGGGGAAACUAGAGACGGAGGACGGUGAAGAAGGUUCUUCGAGGAGAUGCACGGGCAAGACCGUGCUGAGGGUAGCUGUGGGGUGCGAGGAUGGGUCGUUGUGGAUCUUGUCACCAUCCUCGUCGUCCAAUGUGAUCGACGGCCACGGACCAGCCGGCAACACGACCCACGAGCCCACGGUGCCACGUUUGACACUCGAUCACCCAAGUCGCCGAGCAACCGCCACCUCGACCGACUCGCUUUCGGCUAUGGCCACCUCAGCCAGCACGAGUGGUCCCAACUCACCGACCGCGGGAAGAUCUGUGCCUGUAUCCCCUCCCGUGUCUCCCAAGACGCGCUCUCGGCCUCCUUCGAUCUCCCUUUCUCGGAAUAGCCCCACUGCCGGACUAGGUCUCGGUUCGGCCAUUCGCCCACCUCUGGCGACUCAUUCGAGUGCGAAUUCGGUCCAUUCAUUAGCAUCCAACAACCGCAAACGCGUACCAUCCGGUGCCCUAUCACCGACCUCGCCAACGGCAUCACCUCUUGGAGAGGGGCACGUCAUCGCUCCUCGACCUCGAAAAGCGAGCGCCACCGUCGGCAUCUCGAUGCUCAACACCGGCUCGAGCGUCGACCUCCUCGGCAUGCACCGCGCUUCCAUCGAAGACAUCUCGCGCGCACCCAGCACUACACCCAUGUCCAGAUCCAAUACCUCAAAUGGGGGACAUCGUGUCGCCAGUUCGAGUGCGUCGGUGGUAUCGAAUGCACCUUCGUCGGCGGCGAAGAGGCAUCACAGGGCCAAGGAUAGUAUUACGACGGGGAUCGGGUUGUGGGAGGCUGAAUCGAAUGCCGCGACAUCAAUUCAUGACGGACCGGGGCCUACCUCACCGCCUCUCGUAGGUGGAGAGGAAAAGGACCUCGAACGCGCACAGAAGGUUGAAGAAAAAGAGGAGACGCCUUUGAUGGAUUUGGUGCCGCUCAUCAGGGUACAAACGAUCGGGUCGGGAGAAAUCGUCGGGAUGAAGAUCGUCGAUGGUCUGGCUUUCGCACCCGAGGAAGGAGGUCGAGCACUAAUCGUGCUAAGACGUAAAGGGUGAGUGGGCGCAUGUGAUCCUCGAUACAAAGGAGUGGUUGCUCAUUGAAAGUCAUAUCCCAAUUACAGUGUCUUGUCAGCCCACUCCCUGAUUGAUGGACGAGCGUUCGCUCGCUGCGAUGUCUCUAGCAAAGUCCCGCUCGAUUCGACGGAUGUGCAGAUCACCUUCUUGGGGUUGAAGAUGGUCCAACUGGCCGAUGUGGGUGCAAAGUCUCUGAAGCGAACAUCAAUCGUUGUUUGCAAGCUGAACGUUGCUUGAGAAAAUCGAAAAUCCUACAGAUUACGUUUGCGCUGUGUUUUGGAACGUAUGGAGUGGGUUUCGUUGCAGUCAAUUUGGAUGAUUUCGUUGCGCAGGAUGUGGUGGAGGGUGGGACAGGACCUGGAGGAGCGGCGAUCAUCUUCAAGCAAGGUGAGUGUGGGUUCUCAAUGGUCAUUGAGCGGUAAUACUGACCACACCUUGCCACUCCCAGGCGUCCACUUCAUCGUGUUCGCUUCGCCGACAACAUCUUCAAGCACCGCCACGGCCGAACUGGUCGUACGGCCCCUGAUUCCGAUCGAAUCUAAAGAUCGCGAUUCACAGCCGUCGUCUCCGGGAGUCAAGAUUGAACCCGCUCAUUCAGCUGGCGUGCUCGAGGGCCUGACGGGAAGCGUGCGUGGAUUUCGCAACUGCGUUGAUGACCUGCUGGUCUACAGCUCGUCAAGCAUCCUACUUUUUACGAUUCGGGAUCAAAAGGUCAUCCAACUCGCGCUCGCCAGACUGGAGGGGAUUAUCGACGUCUCGGUUGAAGGGUACAACAACGUCCUUGUGGCGACCAAGGCAGGAUUGCGGCUGUAUCGGCUUGAGCCGUCGGUCGCAAAAGAUGCGACGCAACAGGGACCUUUCUGCUUCAGGUUGAUGGGGGAGGUUGCAACGACUGGGGUCGAAUGGACGGCUCGUCUUCCGGAAUCGACUCCAUCGGCUACAUAUCUGGUGGCUCGAUCGACUGGAGACGGACAGCGGGAGCUCGCCGCGCUCACUUUGGACAAGAACGUCGUUGCCACCUUUGCUGAGGCGGGCCUCGAAUUGCGCGUGCUCCUGUCGUCUGGCCCCGCACGCAAGCAAUCUCACGUCACGUGUUUACAGCAACUCGAUGGAGCACAGGUCAUCGUGGGCUAUAGCACGGGCGAGAUUUGUGUCUGUUCGCUCGGCAGUCUCGUGGCCGUGACGGACAUCAAAUGUCCCGACGCGAACCUCUCUGGUGCCAUCUCGUUACUCUCGGUGGUUAAGCUCGGUGGUCGUGACGUUGUCAUCGCCGGAGCCUUCGAUGGUACAGCUGGAGCCUGGAACCUCAGCGACUGGGACGAGAUAGGCCGAUGGUGCCUCUUCGCUUCCCCCGUUACCCAAUUCACCUUCAUCCAAGAUCCGACCAUCCCUCAACUCUCUCAAACGAUCGCCUUCGUCUCAGCCAACUCGCCAAUAGCUCUCGUUUCCCUAUUCCCUCCAGCACUACUUUUCGUCUUACCUGGGACCAAGAGCCCGGUGAUAAGUAUCUCGACGCUGAAGGAGGAGAUCUUGGUCGUUUAUGCGCAUGGGUUGGCGAGGGUGUGUGAUGUCACGCGGAGGGAGUUGAGGAGGUCUAUGGAUGCCAAGACCGCUAGAGGGGUUUUGGCCGAGGGGAAAUGGUCGACUUGGUGAGUCAGACCAGACUUUAAUCUGUUCGCGAUUAUUGAUGUGCUGACGAGAUGUGACGAUCAUAGGUUCACUGCGGGCUUUCAGAAUGUCUCGGACCCACCGACAGGCUCGCUCAUCGCCCCGAUCCUCAACAUCGACCUUCGUCAAGAACUUGAAAGAGGCCAGCGUCUACUUCCUUGGAUUGAGUCGAAACGCGUCAACCGAGAGACGGCGAUGCUUGAGGGUGCGAUACCUGCAACGGCGGGUGCCGAUGAGGGAUCCCUAGCCGAGUUCAGCAACGCCGAAGACGCUGGCAAGUCGGGGAGGUUGGAUAGGCUGCGCUUUCUCCUCUCACACCUUGCGACGUUUGAACUCGAUAGCGAUACCGAUGAACUCAUUUCCGAACAUCUCGGUGCUCCUAAGCCGGACCGUUGCUAUGCCGAGGCGUUGCAGAGUACGAACUCGCUCGCUUUCCCCUUCGACGAGUCGUCCCCUUCCCCAUGGACGAUCUCUCCGAUUAUGACAGCCCAACGACUCUUGCAGCUCGUUUGCGUCCUUCGUUUCUUCCUCAACUUCCCCGAUACCGAACGCUACGCCUCCCAAGCGAUCGUCUUCUACUCGAGCUUCCUCGACGAGACUGUCGGCGAAGAAUUCGAGUUCCCUUCGCUCAACUACCUCGCUGAUUUCUGGCUCGAUACGUCGACCGAGGUUCAACAGGCGACGAGGACGUUGUUUGGGACUUACUUGGCCGCGUCGAGCGAUGCACGCGUCGAGGCUCUGGUUGAACAAUGGCAGGACGCGUUGCCGGCACGGCAGAGUGAAAUGGGGUCCUUGUGCGAAGGCGCAGACCAGGCGGUGUUGGUGGUAGGACUGAUUGCGUGCGAGAGAUUUUCACUUCUUUCACCUAUGUGGGUUGAGAUUGGCUGGGCUCAUGAUGAGGGGAUCGUCACUAAUGCAUAAGCUUUGCCAAUCCCCGCAGGGUCCUUAAAGAUUUGACCGCGUCGCUGGUGUCUUACAUCCAAGACUUUGCGCACCCUUACCACCAGUCGAUCGCGGUCGAACUAUGUGCUCGCGGUUUCGUCAUCUUUCAAAACUACGUCGAUGCGAUGGAACUCGUUCGACACCUCUUUGGCCUCGCGACGGGUCGGGACCCUUCGACACCGCCCGAGUUGCGCCUGCUCGCUAAACAUGCGACGCUGCAAGUCGCUUCGGUCAAUACGCCGUUGUUCAUGACGACGUUGAUCUUUGAUAUCCUCAAUGCACCUUCGGCUUCGCAUCGUAAUGCGACGCUCAAGUUGUUGGGGUUUAUGAUUCGCAAGGUGGGUCAGGAUGUUUUAUUGGUCUCGAAGCGUUUCGUGAGCCAGGCUGACGCAUCUCAGUGCCUCUCUGCAGAAACCACUCGUGCUCCUGACGAGCUUGCCACGCCUCGCCGAAGCCGUGGUCAAGUCUCUAGAUCCGACCGUCACAGCGUUGCGCAAGACGGUCCAUCAAGCCGCGACCGUCAUUUUGAACGAGCUCGUGCGCACCUACCCUUCGAUCGACUUUCACGGCAGCUCCCAACGUCUCGCCGUUGGGACCCACGAAGGCGCAGCGAUCAUCUACGACCUCAAGACCGCGACGCGGAUGUACGUUCUCGAAGGGCACAAACGAGCCGUCACAGCUGUUUCCUGGUCCCGCGAUGGUCAUCGUCUCGUGACCGUGUCGUUGGAGGAAUCCAAAGUCGUCGUUUGGAAAGUCGGCAUCGGUCUCUUUUCUCUCUUGAUGCCCGGUGCUGCACCUCGACAAACGACUGGUCUAGCAGCGGCGGUGACGACCUCUUCGAAUGCGUCGAAUGGGACUUCGCCUUUCAAGCAGUAUGAGUUCCAUGUCGGCGAUGAGGCGUUGAUGACGAAUGCAGCGACGCUCGAAUGGGUGACGUUCGAUUGGCCAGGGGAGAGGACGGUCAGAUUGAGAAUCAGGGAGACGGCGUUGAAUUUUGGGUGUUGA